AUGGCCUUCAGAAUACCAUUUGCCCAGGACUUCUGGAAUGAGUACCUUUCCGGCAGAGAAAACACUAUCCCUACUCUGCCUGUGGUGACGGAUAUCACUGAACGGGUCAUCCGAGUUUUGGGCGGAAAUGCUGGACCAAUGAGACUGCAGGGGACAAAUACAUAUCUCGUUGGAACAGGCAGAUCCCGUAUCCUAGUUGAUACUGGUCAGGGAAUGCCCUCGUGGAUCCGUGAUAUCGCCAAAGUCCUCGAAGAGAGGGAUAUAGACAUCUCCUAUGUACUCCUUACACACUGGCAUGGCGAUCAUACAGGUGGUGUGCCGGACCUGAUAGCGUACAAUCCAGCGCUAUCCUCUCGCAUAUACAAAAACCGACCCGAUGCCGGACAAAAGGAUAUUCUCGACGGCCAGGUCUUUCGCGUUGAAGGCGCCACUCUCCGCGCCGUUCAUACCCCCGGCCACGCUGCCGACCAUAUGUGCUUUCUCUUUGAAGAAGAGAACGCCCUCUUCACAGGCGACAAUGUGCUCGGCCAUGGAUACUCGGUGGUGGAAGACUUGGGACAAUACAUGAAUAGCAUGGUACAGAUGGCUAACCUGAACCUUCCAUUGGGCUACCCAGCGCACGGGGCAGUGAUCGAUGACCUUCCGGAUAAAAUGCGAGAGUACAUCAAGCACAGAGAGUUCCGCGUGCAGCAGGUUUACGCGAUACUCGAGGAGAGCCGAGCAGCUGGGCAGGGGCGGGGGCGGGGUGGCUUGACGCUACACGAAAUCAUCCUAGCAAUGUAUGGGGAGAUUACAGACGAGGUUGAGAAAGCUCUUGCGCCGUUCUUGAGCCAGGUUCUGUGGAAGCUAGCUGAGGAUCGAAAAGUCGGGUUUGAGCCGGGGAGUGCUGCAAAAAGGCGAUGGUACGUCAGGUCGCGCCGGCCGAAUUAA